UAACGCGUCAGAUAGCAGACACCGAAGACCCCCAUUGUUACCCAGAUGAUUAUUCAUGCGUUAUUGUUCUCCACCCCUCCCUUAUUCCGCGCAUCAGUAUUGUCAGUUCUGCACCUUAUGGAUGUGGAAAGCCAACUCUUCCACGCGCAUUAUGGUCAACCCUUAUUUAAACACGAGCACUCAACAAGUUUCCAUUAGUCUGCCAGUGAUAACACUCAACAUACCAUCGGCUGAUAAUUGAUGCUGUUAGUAUCACUAACUACUAACAGUAAUAGUUAGCCCUUUUUCCCCCAAUAUAUAUAUAUAUAUAUAUAUUUUUUUUUAACCAACAAACAUGGACCCCAAAGUAAAGAGGAGUACGAUGACAGAGUUCUGGAAGGAGCACAGCCAUCAGGCCACAGUUGAGGAAAUGAUGUUGGACUCUCAUGCCCAGGAGCUGACCCAGCACGAACUGCCUGAGAUCCUCUCCCUGCUGCCCAACCUUUCCGGCCGGAGGGUCCUGGAGCUGGGCGCCGGCAUCGGUAGGUACACCAGCCACCUGUUGACCCAGGCCAGUCACGUGACAGCGGUCGACUUCAUGGAGAGCUUCUUGGAGAAGAACAGACAGGACAACGGUCACCAUGACAACGCCUCCUUCCUCCAGGCAGACGUCACCAAGCUGGACUUCCCCAAAAACAGUUUUGACAUCAUUUUCUCCAACUGGCUACUGAUGUAUCUGAGUGACGAGGAGCUGAGGUCACUAACAGAGAGGAUGCUGGGAUGGCUCCGCCUCGGUGGAUACCUGUUUUUUAGGGAGUCCUGCAACCACCAAUCAGGUGACUAUAAGAGGACCUUUAACCCCACCCACUACAGAUCAUCGGCCCACUACAGUCACUUGAUGACAACAACACUGCGGGAGGAGUCAGAGGGGGUGGAGAAGCAGGUGUUUGGCUUUGACAUCGUGCUCAAUAAAAUCGUGCAGACAUACAUCAAGAUGAAGAACAACCAGAACCAGGUGUGUUGGCUGUUGGAGAAGGUGGGUCGGGACACCGCCUGUCAAGAAGGCUUCAGAACCUUCCAGCAGUUCCUGGACAACCAGCAGUACACACGCAAAGGCAUCCUGCGAUACGAGAAGAUGUUUGGGGCAGGAUAUGUCAGCACUGGGGGACACAGCACUACCAAGGAGUUUGUUGACCUGCUGAACUUGAAGCCUGGGAUGAAGGUGCUGGAUGUGGGGUGUGGCAUUGGUGGUGGAAACUUCUACAUGGCAAAGGCCUUCGGCGUGGAGGUGCUGGGCCUGGACCUGUCAGCCAACAUGGUGGAUAUCGCCAUGGAGAGGGCCAUGGAGGAGAAGCUUCCAUCGGUCCAUUUCGAGGUGGCCGACGCCACUAAGAGAGAGUUCCCAGAAGGGUCGUUUGAUGUGGUCUACAGUCGAGACACCAUCCUGCACAUCGACGACAAACUGGCACUGUUAAAACGCUUCCAUUCGUGGUUGAAGCCCACUGGCCAGGUUCUGAUCACUGACUACUGCUGUGGAGAGAAGCCCUGGACUCCUCAGUUCCAGGAGUACGUCAAACAGAGAGGUUACAUUCUCUACACCCCACCAGAAUACGGCAAGUUCCUCCAGCAGGCAGGUUUCUCUAACGUACGUGCUGAGGACAGGACAGCUCAGUUCACGCAGGUGAUCCAGACAGAGCUGGAGAGAGCAGCAGUCAUGAAAGACGAGUUCAUUAUGGAGUUCUCAGAGGAAGACUACCUGGCCAUAGUGAACGGCUGGAGAGACAAACUAAAACGCUGCAACACUGGGGACCAACGCUGGGGUCUAUUCCAUGCAACAAGGAACUGAGAGAGAUGGAGAGAGAGAGAGAGAGAGAGAGAGAGAGAGAGAGAGAGAGAGAGAGAGAGAGAGAGAGAGAGAGAGAGAGAGAGAGAAGUAUCCCUUCAGGAGGGGGGGUUCAGUGCCUGGUCCCAGCUCCACUGCUACCAGAUCAACUAGAGGUGCUUACUAGACAUCAGUAGCCUCUAGUCUGAGAUGAUCUUGUGGCACAUACAGAUUGUGAAGUAUUUGAAAAAUGGUCGUUAUCCAGGUACCAGUCUAACUGGUGUCUUUGGUUUGAAAGGCAAAAAUGAUCUUUUUACCAAAGUAAAAUUUAUUAGACAUUUGAACUUUGUGUAAAUUUGACCCGACUAUUUUUUUGUUAUCAAAUGUGAAUGUGCAUCAUUUCCCAGUCUGUACUAUCAACAUACCAUAGUUUGAUAACUUUUACAAAUAAAAUGUUGAAAACA